AUGUCUGACUUUGGCGAUGACGAUGUUAGCGUUGGCGGCGACGAGCCCGUGUUGGACGAAGAGGAGGUGGCCGAAUUCUACGACCCCGAAGUUGGCGAGGAUGACGAUAACGAGCAUGCCAAUGACCAAGACCACAUUGUCAUCUCUGGAGAUCCAUCUGCGGCUGCCAACGCUUCCAAGGACAAGUCAGUCAAGGACAAGAAGAUUCCCGACGACCAGCGCACGACAACGCCGUACAUGACGAAAUACGAGAGGGCCCGUAUUCUGGGCACUCGCGCCUUGCAGAUCAGCAUGAACGCGCCUGUGCUGGUAGAUCUCGAGGGCGAGACAGAUCCGUUACAAAUUGCGAUCAAGGAAUUGCGCGAGAAGAAGAUUCCUCUGAUUGUACGGAGAUAUAUGCCCGAUGGAUACUACGAGGACUGGACUUGCGAAGAGCUUCUUCAGUAA